AUGACAUUUUUUAGAGGAGUAACCCUCACACCAGCAAUGGCGCAAAUUCCAUCCGCAUCUUUUGGACCGCUGAACCAGGGUCUCCAGGUGGGGCAGAGCUACGCACCGAUCAACUUCCACCUGCCGCCGGAGCGACUCGAAACGCCGCCGCCGCCGUUCGCGACCAUUCCUUUCUCCCGCGACCCUGAUUUUGUCGACCGUGGAGACAUUCUCGACCAGAUCGACCAACGAUGUUCGGAGCCGGCCGGCCGUGUGGCCCUAGUGGGCCUCGGUGGCUCGCAACUGGCUAUCGAAUACGCGCACCGAACAGCGGCGAAGGAGCCUGACAGAUGGGUAUUCUGGGUCCAUGCCGGCACACAAGCACGCGUCGAGGAAGGGUUGAAGGCGAUCGCCGAUGCCGUGAAGCUACCAGGCCGGAGGCAGCCGAAGGCCGAUCUUGUGUAUAGCUGGCUGUCGAACGAGCGAAACCGCCGAUGGAUCGUAAUCUUCGACAGCGCCGACGACGUCGACGUGUUCUUCGGCGCUGGCAGUAACCCUAAACGACCUACCUAUCUUCCGCAGAGCCCAAACGGGUCUCUUCUCGUCACAACACGCGAUAAGGAUCUAGCUUAUAGGCUAAUCGGGCCAAUGGCGCAGAAGAGGAAAUUGAGCUUGCUCUCGGACAAGGAUUCAGCAGAGGAGCUUGUACGGGCGCUAGAAUACGUUCCACUAGCUAUCAGCCAGGCGGCGGCCUACAUUCAGAGAAGGUCGCCACGGAGCUCGGUCGAAAAGUAUUUGGCCGAGGGGGAAAGCAAGAGAGCCUGGCUUCUAGGUCAUGACGAGGGCGAGUUUCGGCGAGAGGGAGGGGCUUCGAGUGCGAUCCUUACGACCUGGCAGAUAUCCUUCGAACAUAUCCGCUCUAAGAGAGCUUCGGCGGCAGAUCUGCUCUCACUCAUGAGCUUCUUCGACCGACAAGGCAUUCCGGAGUCAUUGCUAAGGCCGCCUCACAUGGACGGGGCAAUACAGGAGAGGAGAUCCGACGUACAGCACGAUUUGGAAUCCAAUAGUAGCGAUGACGAGAUAAACAACGACGAGACGGACAACGGAUUCGAAGACAAUAUAGCAAUGCUAACAAACUUUUGUCUCGUAACUAGCGGAGACACGUUCGAGAUGCACGGCCUCGUACAGCUGUCGACGAGGACGUGGCUGGAGGCCUGUGGGAGGGAGAAGGAAUUUAAGCAUCAGUUUGUGUCACGGAUAGCCGCGCUGUUCCCACCCGGAGACUACAGUAACUGGGCGACGUGUCAGCGUCUCUUUCCACACGUUGAGAGGGCCGUAGACUACCGACCAGUGGAGAGCAAACUGGAGGAGGCAUGGGCAACGCUGUUAUACAAUGGUGGAUGGUAUGCAGAAUUGCAGGGUAGAUAUGAUGUGGCAGAGCAAAUGGCUCGUAAAUCGAGGAGAAGCCGCAAGGAAAUACUGGGAAGAGAAGACGAGCGAACAUUAGCUAGCACGUCGCUAUGUGCAGAAGUGCUUGGGGAUAAAGGACUAUGGAAGGAGGCUGAGAAGCUGUUUGUGCAGGUGAUGGAGACUCGCAAGGCGAAGCUUGGGGCCGAUCAUCCCUCGACGCUGACGAGCAUGGCCAACCUGGCGUCGACGUAUAGGAACCAAGGCCGGUGGGAGGAGGCCGAGAAGCUGGAUGUGCAGGUGAUGGAGACUCGCAAGGCGAAGCUUGGGGCCGAUCAUCCCUCGACGCUGACCAGCAUGAACAACCUUGCUUUCACGUGGAAUAGUCAAGGUCGACAUGAAGAUGCCCUAGCAUUGAUGCAAGACUGUGUUGAGGCUCGGCAGCGAGUCCUUGGGCCUGAGCACCCUGACACGCUGUCGUCCUUGGCUACUGUGUCGGAAUGGAGUAGCUAG